UUGAAUUUUUCGACCAUUACUGUUAUUGUAUGGCUACUGUUACAUGGACUAAAUGAAGCAACGUGACUGGUCGAAACCUCAUGUUACUAUAUGAAAAGUACAUCUAACCAGUAUUAUCCCAUCACAAUUUCCAUUCUCUAAAUUUACAUGUGACCAAUCAGUUUCUUAAUAUAAUAAAAACGUAACAAAUAAUAAAUUAUACUCCAAAAAAUGAUUUAGAUCUAAUCGAAUUUUUUUACUCAUAAUUAAAAAAUGAAACGAGUAAAUUUGAACUAUUAAAAAAUAUUUGUCACAAAUCAUCAAAUGCACGCAUAUGUACAAAUACAAUCUGUUAAAUACAUAGAAAGUACGACUUGAUUGAACAAACGACUUAUGAAUCACAUUCAGUGCAUUCUAUAAUAAAAACGUGAAAUGAUGUGUGUGGUUUACAUAUAAUACAAUUGUUAAUAUAUUGAACAAUGCAAACAAAUUUUAUAUUAUUUAUGAUUGUAAUGAAAUAAAUUUACUUGAAGAUGUAGAAAAUUAGUUAACUUUCAUCGAAAUUAAAAUAUUGCAGGAUUCGAAUUGACACUGAUUAAAUAGAACGAACCAAAAUCAUCUGCCUUUUUUCAUCCCCACCACCUGGGAGGUGCUAUGGGGGAAAUCUUUGUAUGCACAGUGUGUGUCAAAAUAUCUUGUGCUUCUUGAACUGUUUAAACAAAGUUUCAUUACUCAUUUAGCGCGCGCGUGUGUGUAUGUGUUUGUAUAAAUAAAAAAUUUUAAAGUUAUGCUCUGAUAUAAAUAUGUUAUUUACAGCAUAGAAUAAUGUAAAAACAUCAAAGAAAUUUAUUUUGUUUCAUGGUCAUAAUAUCAUUGUUUGAUUAAACAUUUUACUUUGUGUAGACUUAAUUAUUGUUAUUAAUAAGAGAGAAAUUAUGGCUACCGAUAAAGUAACUUUGGGUGAUGCUCUUUCUAAUGUCGAUGUACUUGACGAGUUUACUUUGCCUGAUGAGCAGCCUUGCAUCGAAGCUCAACCAUGUUCUGUUGUCUAUCAAGCCAAUUUUGAUACUAAUUUUGAAGAUAGAAAUGGUUUUGUUACUGGUAUUGCCAAAUAUAUCGAAGAGGCUACUGUUCAUGCUAGUUUGAAUGAACUAUUAGAAGAAGGAUUAGAACAUGCCGUUAUGUUAUACACAUGGAGAUGUUGUUCACGUGCUAUUCCACAACCAAAAUCAAACGAACAACCAAACAGAGUUGAAAUUUAUGAAAAAACAGUAGAAGUACUUGCACCUGAAGUUAAUAAAUUAUUAAAUUUUAUGUAUUUUCAACGGAAAGCCAUAGAAAGAUUUUCAGGAGAGGUAAAGCGUUUAUGCCAUCAUGAAAAAAGAAAAGAUUUUGUAUCUGAAGCAUAUUUGUUGACUUUGGGAAAGUUCAUAAAUAUGUUUGCUGUCUUGGAUGAAUUGAAAAAUAUGAAGUCUAGUGUCAAAAAUGAUUACUCUACUUAUAGGAGAGCUGCACAAUUUCUAAAAGUUAUGUCUGAUUCUCAAACGCUUCAAGAAUCUCAAAAUUUAUCAAUGUUUUUGGCAACACAAAAUAAGAUUCGUGAUACUGUAAAAGAAAAUUUAGAAAAAAUCCCAGGUUAUGAAGAGUUACUAGCAGAUGUUGUAAAUAUAUGUGUUUAUAUGUUUGAAACUAAAAUGUAUCUUACUCCAAAUGAAAAACAUAUGUUAGUCAAAGUUAUGGGAUUUGGUUUAUUCUUGAUGGAUAGUGAAUUAUGCAACAUAAAUAAAUUGGAUCAAAAGAAAAAAUUGAAAUUAGAUAGAAUUGAUAGAAUAUUUAAAAAUUUAGAAGUAGUACCAUUAUUCGGUGAUAUGCAGAUUGCGCCAUUUAAUUAUAUUAAACGUUCAAAACAUUUUGAUGCUUCCAAAUGGCCACUUUCUUCAUCUUCCAAUAAUAUAAGUCCACAAGCUGAUCUUAUGGUUCAUCUGCCUCAAAUUAGAGAUGAUCAUGUAAAAUAUAUAAGCGAAUUAGCAAGAUAUAGUAAUGAAGUAACUACGACUUACAAAGAAUGUGGUAGUGACGUGGAAAAUCGUGACACUGCAGAAUUAGCUUUACGUGGAUUACAAUUACUUUCUCAAUGGACAAGUGUUGUCACAGAACUUUAUAGUUGGAAACUGCUUCAUCCAACAGAUCAUCAUAUGAAUAAAGAGUGUCCUCAAGAAGCAGAAGAAUACGAAAGAGCCACACGUUAUAAUUAUACCGAUGAAGAAAAAUUUGCACUCAUUGAAGUCAUUGCAAUGAUUAAAGGAUUACAAGUAUUAAUGGCACGCAUGGAGACAGUAUUUAUUGAUGCAAUACGUCGGAAUAUUUAUGCAGAAUUACAAGAUUUUGUACAACUUGCUUUACGUGAGCCCCUAAGAAAGGCUAUAAAAAAUAAAAAAGAUCUUAUUCGAAGUAUAAUUGUUUCUGUGAGAGAAACUUGCGCUGAUUGGCAUUUUGGAGUUGAACCAUUAGGAGAUCCUGCUUUAAAGGGAAAAAAGGAUCCAGAUAAUGGAUUUGGUAUUAAAGUUCCACGAAGAAAUGUCGGUCCUUCCUCAACGCAACUGUAUAUGGUUCGUACUAUGUUGGAAUCAUUAAUUGCUGAUAAGAGUGGUGGAAAGCGUACAUUGAGAAAAGAUAUUGAUGGACAAUAUCUUGUACAAAUUGAUCAAUUUCAUAAAACCAGUUUUUACUGGAGUUAUCUUUUAAAUUUUAGUGAAUCGUUACAAAAUUGUUGUGACUUGUCACAAUUAUGGUAUAGAGAAUUUUAUUUAGAAAUGACUAUGGGUCGAAAAAUUCAGAAAUGUCAAGUACGACAUCAGCAUAAUGAGGAAUGCAGCGAUUUAAUUACAAUGGAGAAACGAAUUCAAUUUCCGAUUGAAAUGUCUAUGCCUUGGAUAUUGACUGAUCAUAUACUAAGAAGCAAAGAACCAUCAAUGAUGGAAUAUGUUCUAUAUCCCUUGGAUCUGUACAAUGAUAGUGCAUUGUAUGCAUUAACGAUAUUUCGUAAACAAUUUCUUUACGAUGAAGUAGAGGCUGAAGUUAAUUUAUGUUUCGAUCAGUUUGUCUAUAAAUUAAGCGAACAAAUUUUUGCUCAUUAUAAACAAUUAGCUGCUAGUAUUUUAUUAGAUAAACGAUUUAGAGUAGAAUGCGUAGCGUUAGGAGCAUAUUUACUUUCUUAUCCCCGUGCUAAUAGAUAUGAAACUUUAUUAAAACAACGACAUGUCCAAUUAUUGGGAAGAAGCAUUGAUUUAAAUAAACUAAUCACACAACGUAUCAAUGCUGAUAUGCAAAAAUCAUUAGAUCUGGCAAUUAGUAAAUUUGAAUCUGGGGAUAUUACAGGAGUAGUGGAACUAGAAGGAUUAUUACAAGUUAAUCGGCUUACUCAUAAACUAUUAAGUAAAUGGCUUGCACUUGAUGAAUACGAUGCUAUGUUUAGAGAAGCAAAUCAUAAUGUUCUUGCUCCAUAUGGAAGAAUAACACUUCAUGUAUUUUGGGAAUUGAAUUAUGACUUUUUACCAAAUUAUUGUUAUAAUGCUGCAACGAAUAGGUUUGUUAAGUGUCGUGGUCUUCAAUUUGUACAACCAGUACAUAGAGAUAAACCGCCACAAAUGUCUCAUCAUUAUCUCUGGGGUAGCAAGCAAUUAAAUUUAGCAUAUAGUACCCAAUAUGGACAGUAUUCUGGAUUUGUUGGGCCAUAUCAUUUCCGUACUAUGUGUAAAUUAUUAGGAUACCAAGGUAUAGCAGUAGUUAUGGAGGAACUUUUAAAAAUAGUUAAGUCAUUAAUUCAAGGAAGCUUACAUCAGUUUACUAAAACUUUAAUGGAAGCUAUGCCAAAAGUUUGUAAGCUUCCUCGUUAUGAUUAUGGAUCUCCUGGAGUAUUGGGAUAUUAUCAUGCUCAAUUAAACGAUAUCGUACAAUAUCCCGAUGCAAAAACAGAAUUAUUUCAUAAUUUUCGAGAAUUUGGUAAUACCAUUUUAUUUUGUCUUCUGAUGGAGCAAGCACUUUCGCAAGAAGAAGUUUGCGAUUUAUUACAUGCAGCACCAUUCCAAAAUAUAUUACCUAGACCUUAUUGUAAAGAGGGUGAGAAACCUGAAACCAAACAAAAACGACUUGAAGCCAAAUACGCAGCAUUACAGAUUGUACCUAAUGUAGAUAAAUUGGGUACUGCUAAGCAAGCGAUGAUUGCUAGAGAAGGAGACUUAUUAACAAGAGAACGACUUUGUUGUGGCUUAUCAAUAUUUGAAAUAGUACUUAGCAGAUUACGUAGUUUUUUGGAUGAUCCUAUUUGGAUUGGACCACCACCUGCAAAUGGAGUAAUGAAUGUAGACGAAUGUACAGAAUUCCAUAGACUUUGGAGUGCUCUACAAUUUGUAUAUUGCAUUCCUGUUGGAGAUACAGAAUUUACUGUUGAGGAAUUAUUUGGUGAAGGCUUACAUUGGGCUGGAUGCGCUAUGAUAGUUCUUCUUGGCCAACAAAGAAGGUUCGAAGCUCUUGAUUUUUGCUAUCACAUUCUCAGAGUGCAGCGCGUAGAUGGCAAGGAUGAAAAUGUCAAAGGAAUCCGUUUAAAAAGAAUGGUUGAUCGUAUAAGGAGAUUUCAAGUAUUAAAUUCUCAAAUUUUUGCUGUAUUAAAUAAGUAUUUAAAAAGUGGAGAUAGUGAUGCAACCAGUGUGGAACAUGUUCGUUGUUUUCCACCACCAAUACAUCCUUCGCUUGCACAUGCUCAACAACAUUAUCAUGCUCCAGAGUAUUUACGUCAAAUGAAUCAUCAAUAAAGGUAAAUUUGUGAAAAAAUCAUCUGCAAGAAUAAAUAGUAAAUUUUUUCAAGACUGAUAGAUUUAUUUUCAAGAGAUUUCAAAGCAUAAUAUUAAGUUUUUUACAUUCAGAAUUUUUACCGUUGGAUUAUUGCAGAAUUGCUUUUAAUAUAAUAUUUCUUCUAAAAUAUAUCUAACUGAUUAAUAAACAUUAAAGGUUUUAGAUAUUUUUCUGAGACUUAUUAUUUGUAUGAAUAUUUAUCAUUUAAUAUGUGCAAUGAAAUAAAUACUGUAUUGGAUCUAUAAUAUUAUCUAAAAGAAAUCAUGAUUAAUAUUGUGCUUAAUACAAAAAACAGAAUUUUAUUUCUUUUCCAUGUUAAAGGACAUUGAUAGUAAUUAAUGCCUUUAGAACAAAAAACCAAGCAUCUUCUUGCAGUUAUAAAAUAUACCAAUAUCGAGCAUAAAAAAUAUUUAAAAGUGAUGUUCAAGUCAAAUCAUUUAAAAGUGAUCCAAUGAUUCGAUGAAUUGUGGGAUUAUGAUAACAUUUGUAAAGUAUAUCUGUAAUGUAUGUGUGCGCAUAUUGUGCAUUUAAAUAAACAGAGUAAAACCUGUUAUUUCUUAAAUAUAAAUUCCGUAUAUUAUAAAUGUGUAUAUGUGUGUAUGUGAGCCUGUGUGUAACUUUUAUGAAAAUAUACAUUUUCUCAUCUGAAUUAUGAACACAAAGGAAAAGUAAAUGCGAUUUUAUUGUUUUUGCAUUUAUUUACUGUAAUUCAUUCUUUCUUAUACUCCUAUGUGUUCAUUUUUAGAUAUAUACAUUGAUAUUUAAAAUAUAUAUUUAUAUUUUAUUGAUCAUGUCUUCAUAUUUUAUAUUCUAUUAAGAAUUAUUAAAAUUCAAAUGAGAGAUGUCAGUAUGACGUGUAUAAUUACAGAUAAAAUAAGAGUUUUAUAAUUAUUUAAACUUUCUUUAAUUUAUAAUGCAAGUUUAUAUAUAAUAUAUUCAAAUUCUCCAUGAUAUUCAACAGAUAUUCAGAUAUUUGAUAUACAUUUAUUUUAAAUAUAUAUAAAAAUGUACGCUUAUGUAUGAAAGAAAAUAAUGAUAA